AUGAUAAAACAAAAAAUGAUGAGACUUUUUGGGAAAAAUGACGAGACUAGGUCCAACAAAAAAUCGGAUCUUCCAAUAUCAGAAAGUGACAAAUUCAAACCUCUUCGACAUUCAAGGCGUCAGAAGCUUGUCAAAGUCUCAUCCUAUCUUACAGGGAUGAUACUUGUCAUAUACCUUCUCGUCAGUUGGUGUAACAGAAACCCACAGGCCAUUGAUAUUGAGGCUUGGUCAUUGUACCAUCGUACAGCUGGGUUUUUCUCGGGAUUAUCGCAUGAUAUCACCAAUUGGCAACAAGAUCAAGAUGAACUAAAAUUUCCUGAUUCUAAAGGAGGUUUCCUGGCCCUCAAGGCCGAAGAAAUGGCCAAUACUGAUGAUUAUCGUCAUUAUACCGUCACUGCUGACGGAGUCAAAGAAGAACAUAGAUCCAGUAUGAAAGAAGUUGAAGAUGAACUCCAUAAAACUGUGGCAUAUUAUGACUUGAACGAAUUCCAAGGGCAUGCCGAAGGGUCAAACCAAGGAGAUGUGGUAUUAUUGUUGAUCCCUUUGAGAAAUGCCGAGCAUGUGUUGCCAUUAAUGUUCAAGCAUUUGAUGAAUUUGGAUUACCCUCACUCGCAAAUUGAUAUUGGGUUUCUCGUCAGUGAUUGUUCUCCUGGUGAUCGGACUUUGAAUAUGCUAUUUGAAUAUUCGAUUUUAUUGCAAAAUGGAAGUUUGAUGAACGAUUUGGUGGCGCAUGAACAAGAAUUACGAUCACAACAACUCCAAGGAUCAUCUGAUUUAUACUUAAAGUACAUGCCAAAAGAAUAUUUGGACAAGAUCAGUAAGCAAUUCAAACCACCAUACCAUAAAGAGUUUGACAAGCCAUUCAGAUCGGUUCAAAUCUUUGAGAAGAAUUUUGGACAAGUCAUUGGUCAAGGGUUCAGUGAUCGUCAUGCGGUUAAAGUUCAAGGGAUUAGAAGAAAGUUGAUGGGGAGGGCCAGAAACUGGCUAAUCAGCACCACCCUCAAACCUUAUCAUUCAUGGGUUUUUUGGAGAGAUGCCGACAUAGAAGAAGCUCCAUCAUCAGUAAUUCAAGACUUGAUGAAAUUUGAUUUUGACGUGAUUGUGCCCAAUGUUUGGAGACCUUUGCCAGAGUUUUUGGGUAGCGAACAGCCGUAUGAUUUGAAUACUUGGAUCGAAUCGCCGCCAGCAUUGGAAUUGGCGGCGACUCUUGAUGAAGAUGAUGUUAUUGUCGAAGGGUACGCUGAAUAUCCGACCUACCGAGUUCAUUUGGCGUAUUUGAAAGAAAAUGACGGAGAUAAGAAUGCCAUCAUUGAAAUGGACGGUGUUGGAGGGGUUUCGAUUCUUGCCAAAGCUAGAGUAUUUCGUCAAGGGGUUACUUUCCCGGCAUUUACGUUUGAGAAUCAUGCAGAAACCGAAGCGUUUGGAAAGAUGGCACGUAAGAUGGGGUUCAAAGUAGGUGGAUUGCCUCAUUAUGUUGUAUGGCAUAUUUAUGAACCUAGUGAGGACGAUUUGAAGGAGAUUGCCAGUAAAGAGAGGAAAAAGAGAAGACAAAAGCACCAAUAA